AUGGCGUUUCAUCACACUGCUUGUUUUGUCUUCACUGUUAUGAUAGUUUGCAAUGCCAUUCUGUACCCCUCUAUAUUCAGUAACAUGUACAAACAGUGGUUUGGGGGAGGCGAAAGUAGUGGGACUGGCACUGAAAGGGAUGAUACACAAAUGUAUCCACCACACAUGAGGCAUCAUGGUCCAAGAAGUCCUCCAAAUCGAGGACCAAUGGGAGGUGAUCGAGUAGCAGCUCAAAUGGCACCACAGGCUCAAAAAGAAGGGGCUGGAAAAUCACGAGGCAUGAUGAGCUCUGUACUGCCAGUCUAUGCUGUCGGUAUCAUUGUUUAUUUUGCAUACAUUAUGUAUCGGAUAUUCUUCAAAGAUCAAGGUCAGAAAGAUCCAAUCACUGGUCAACCUAUCCGCGGUGCUCCUUGUAUUAAUACUACUCCCACUGAUAAUUAUGCUGCAGCGAUGGACUCGCGCAGUAGACGAGUCUAUGAAGAAGAACUUCAGAGAACGUUACAAAAAGAAUUGAAGCCAGACAAGUACAGGGAAAGAGCUGACAAAAAUUUACCUCAAUAUGUGGAAGAAGAAGGUGAUGACAUUGUGACACUCCAGAAGCGUCUUGAAGAAACAGAGAAGGCUAUGGAGAAAAUGAUGGAAUACAUGAAUAAAAUGGGUGUAGCCAUGAGUCAAGUCACUGAGCAGAUGGCAACUAAUGAAUCCCCCAAAGCGUCAGUCAGGCCAAAACGCAGACGCCCACAGAAAGUUGAUGACCCUUAUUAUGAUGAUCAUGAUAUGGACAGGGACUACGUUGAUGAAUACUACGAUGAUGAGGAGGACGAAUACGAAGAAGAGGUGGUUGUGAAAAGAGUGCCCAAGAAGACUACUCAUGCUAGGAAAAGAAAUGUCCCUGUAAAGUACAAAGCGGAUGUUCCUAGAUCUAGAAGAUCAAGAGGUCCCCCUAAGAGGAAGGUUGUUUAUGUUGAAGAAGUAGAAGAUGAUAGUGAUGUUGAUGAGGACAUUUAUGCAAAUGAUAUGGAGGAUGAAAAUGAAGAAAUAGUAGAUGAAAAAAAAAUUUGUAAAGAAGAGAAGCUGGUUGUUGACAACGAUCAAGGUGCUCAUGAUGAUUUGAAUGAUAAUUACAAUGAUACACUUAUACCUGAGAAUGGUAUAGAAGAUGAUGACAUGUGUAAGAAAGUUAGGAAAAGAAAAGUGAAAGAAGAAGAAGAUUAA